AUGGUCGCAUUGUUCUCUCCUAUCUUCUCACCCAAAGGCUGGCUCUUAGAGGAGGAGCCAUUGGGCUAUAAUAAUAGCCAUAACCUCUUCUACAAAGAUGAUGCGUCUUCUGAGUACUCCUUUCCCUAUCACUUUUAUUCACCACAGACACAGAUUGAGCUUGAAGAAAGGUCUAUUGCACCAUCCUCUGACCCUGCCAUGGUCAAGAAACUUAGCCACAAUGCUAGCGAACGGGAUCGCCGCAAGAAGGUCAACAACUUGGUUUCUUCACUUCGCUCACUUCUUCCAAUGGCAGAUCAAACG